CUCUAUCAAUAGUCACACCCACCACCUUUAUGACAGCGAGUCAAGUGGCAUUUACAGCGGAGUAACUCUACCCUGCAUUAUGUUCAGCAGCUGACCUGUGCGGUUGUGAAGUCAGAGGAACAUCCAGUCUGUCUCCAGUGGGUCUGACUUUACACAAUAGUAAAAUACAUCGCGUUAGCUAAAAGCUUAUCCUUCUGGACUUCGAGCACUGACUGUCCUGAGUCUGGGGGCGUUUCUUUGAAUGCAGAAUGUGGGGCAUUUGCAGCAGAACUAUGGUGGGGAUGGCGAAACCCUGUGGCUUAAUGAAACCCUGUCACUUGGUGAAGCCUGUAUCAGUGACCCGGGUCACUGGCAGAUACCUGACCCACCAGAAAGGACUGCCUGGUCUUCCUGUCCCCCCUCUGCAGCAGACCUGUGAGCGCUAUAUCAGUGCUCUUGAGCCCAUCGUGGAGGUGGAUGAGCUGAAGCGCACUAAAGAGCUGGUGAACGAGUUUAAGAAAGCAGGAGGGGUUGGAGAGAGACUUCAGAGAGGCCUGGAAAAGAGAGCUCGGAACACUGAGAACUGGUUGUCAGAGUGGUGGGUGCAGGUUGCUUAUUUCGAUUACCGGUUGCCUGUGGUGGUUCAUUCAAGUCCUGGGUUGGUCUUGCCCCGCAUGAACUUCAGUGAUAAGCAGGGCCAAAUAAGGUUUGCUGCCAAACUAAUAGCAGGUGUUUUGGACUUUAAGACAAUGAUUGACAAUGAGACACUCCCAGUUGAAUAUAUGGGAGGGAAGCCCCUGUGUAUGAAUCAGUACUACAAAGUGCUGUCGUCCUGCCGUAUCCCUGGUCUGAAGAGAGACUCAGUGGUGAACCAUGCCAAGAGCUCCAGGCCCCCGAAACACAUUACUGUAGUACACAACUUUCAGUUUUUUGUGUUGGAGAUGUACAACAGUGAUGGGACUCCACUGACAGCUGAUCAGCUCUGUGUUCAGCUGGAGAGGAUCUGUAGCUCCUCACUACAGACCAAUAUGGAGCCUGUCGGCAUCCUCACCACCCAGCAUCGGGACUCCUGGGGCAAGGCCUACGUCAACCUCAACAAGGAUAAGACCAACAAAGAGUCAGUGUCCGCUAUCCAGAGGAGCAUCUUCACUUUGUGUUUGGAUGGAGCGAUGCCUCCAGUGUCUGAUGAGACGGACCGCAGCUCAGCUGCCGUCCAGAUGCUGCAUGGAGGAGGCAGCCAGUGGAACAGUGGCAACCGCUGGUUUGACAAGACGCUGCAGUUUAUUAUUGGAGAGGACGGGACAUGUGGCGCGAACUACGAGCACGCCCCGGCUGAGGGCCCACCCAUAGUGGCCUUGAUCGACCAUGUUGUGGAAUACACGAGGAAGCCAGACAUGAUGCGGUCUCCCAUGGUGCCUUUGCCCAUGCCCCAAAAACUGCACUUCAACAUCACGCCUGAGAUCAAGAAGGACAUUGAAGAAGCCAAGCAUGCAAUGAAUAUACUGGCCCAGGACCUGGAAACGAGGGUCAUUGUAUUUGGCCAAUUUGGGAAAAAUGUCCCAAAAGCCCACAAGAUGAGCCCUGAUGCUUUCAUACAGAUGGCGCUACAACUGGCUUACUACAGGCUGUACCAGCGCUGCUGUGCCACAUAUGAAAGUGCCUCCCUGCGUAUGUUCAGGCUGGGCCGUACAGAUACAAUCCGAUCAGCCUCAAGUGCCUCAGCUGCCUUCGUCAAGGCCUUUGAUGACCCCAGCAAACAGAAUACAGAGAAAGUUGAUCUAAUGGAGAAAGCUGUUAACACACACAGGUCAUAUACUAACAUGGCAAUCAGCGGCCAGGCCAUAGACAGACACCUUCUGGGCCUUAAGAUGGUGGCCAUUGAGGAAAAAGUCUCCAUACCUGAUAUCUACGCAGACAUCGCCUACACCAAAGCCUUAAACUACAAGCUAUCUACAAGUCAGGUACCGUCCAAGACUGACUGCGUCAUGUGUUUCGGCCCGGUUGCACCCAACGGAUUCGGCGUGUGCUACAAUCCUAUGAACGAUCACAUCAACUUUGCAGUGUCGGCUUUCAACACCUGUAAAGAAACAAAUGCAGCACAUCUGGCCCAGGCUGUGGAGGGUGCACUGUUGGACAUGAGGACUCUGCUGGAACAAACCCCAAGAGCCAAACUGUGAAGGUCCUCCAGACUUUAAUAACCUCUUCAGAGAUGAAGAGCGGCAGGGCUCGUCUCAGUGAUGCCGCUAAUGAGUGAUAAUUGGAUGACUGAACCCCAAACCUGGUGCAAGACUACCAAGCUCCAGUAUUCUCCUCGUGUUAUUGACUAUCAUCAUGCACUUUAAACAAUGUGUAACACCUGCUUUGUAAUGAGUGGGAGUGUUCCUCUGGUGGUACAAUGCAUAAUUAAUAAUGAUGCACGGUUGUUUUUACAGACCGUUCAGUUUUGAAAUGUAACACUGAAAUAUCAUUAACAUAAUUUAGCUUAUGGAAAGAUACUUUUAUAAUGUUUAUGAUCAAUAAAUAACCUGAUGAGACCAGA